AUGGUCGGCCGCUUCGCCUGCAACUACUCGCUUGCUGCUAGAGGGCCAACUGCAGCAGAAGCUGCAGCAGCAGCAGCAGCAGAUGCUAAGUCAUCUGCAGCAGCAGCAGCAGCAGCAGCUGCUGCUGCUGCUGCAACAGACGCAGACGAAGAAGACGAGCUUGCUGCUGCAGCAGCAGCAGCUGUAGCAGCAGCAGCACAAGCACGAGCAGAAGCAGCUGCUGCAGCACAAGAAGCAGCAGCUUCUUCCUCAGCCUGCACUGCCAUCGUUCCUGCUGCUGCUGCUGCUCGGAGGGACCCCAACAGCAGCAGCAGCAGCAGCAGCAGCAGCAGCAGCAGCAGAGGUGUGUUGUAUAGUACUAUGCUAGAUAGAGCGUAUGAUAGAGAAGAAGAAGAAGCAAAAAUAAAUCAGCAGCAGCAACAGUGGCGGCAGCAAGAGAAGCUCUUCUACGCACAACUGAGCAGCAGCAGCAGCAGCAGCAACAGCAGCAGCAGCAGCAGCAGCAGCAGCAGCAGCAGCAGCAGCAAGCGAAGGAUAGCAUACGAUCCAGAUGGCAGGAUGCAGCAGAUGCUGCAGGAAAUUCAAAUAAUAAAAGAGAAGACACAGAAGCGGAAAUGCAGCAGCAGCAGCAGCAGCAGCAGCAGCAGCAGCAACAGCAGCAGCAGCAGCAGCAGCAGCAGCAGCAUAUUUCUGUUCUCUCGGAGGUGGAGCCAUCCCGCAGGAUCGAUCGCGGCUCUGCUGCAGCGCGGCAGCAGCAGCAGCAGCAGCAGCAGAAGCAGCAAAGAAAGCGGCAGCAGCAGAAGCAGCAGCAACAGCAGCAGCAACAGCAGCAGCAGCAGCAGCAGCAGCAGCAGCAGCUUGAUUCAGAAGACCCCGAAAGUUUAG